AUGGUUUUCUCUAGGCUUUCUCUAUUAUGUCUUAGAAGCUCUUCUAAAUUCUCAAAAGCAUUCCAAUAUCGACCUUUUUCAACAGAAAGUGAAAACCCUGAACCAGAUCAAGUAGAAGUUUUAAUCCCAGAACCCAAAUCAGAAUCUCAAUUAUCAGCCACAUUCCCCAGCAGUGUGCUGGUGAUAAAACCUCAAAAAUUUGGCUCAAACCCUGGUGAGACAAAAGAUAACACAUUUCUUAAAAACAGCUCUAACUCCCCCCCCCCUCCGUGAGUGAACAAAACCAUUAGAAAAAUCGCUAUUUUGUGCCCAAAAACCCACCCUCCGUGAGUGAACAAAAAUUUUUUUUAAUAGAAAUGGAAAAAAAUUUUGAUAUAUAAAUGAUAAUUAGUAUAAUGAAAUCUAGAGCUAAUUCUGUGUAAUUUUAAACAAAUUGCUUUUUAAAACAUAAAUUUUAUAAAUUAAAUUAAUAUUUGCUUUUCAAUUUUUGCGAAUUAGGAUUUUUUUAAAUUUCGAAAAAAAAUAUUUUUUAUAAAAUUUAUAUAUAAAUUUUUUUAAAAAAAAAAAUUAACCCCCCUCCGUGAGUGAACAAAAUGUUUUUGUUCACUCACGGAGGGGGGGAGUAAGUUAUUCCCAGAAAUUUGCAGAGUUGAGUUAAACAAUCUUGAAAAAGCUUUACAAUCCUACGGAAUCACAGUAGGUUAGGUUAUUAAAGACAGGUGCUAGCCAUAUUGUUGACGCAGUCACCAAAGGCCUACCGUAUGGGAGGUUCAUCCGCUUUUCGACCAUAGUUCAGAGGGUCUGUCCUGCAAAACGGGUGCCACUUCCGGUAGCAUCUGUCUCAUCCUUGCCUUGCGGCUUCAGUCUUGAGUGGGCGGCUUUUGGAUUUCUGCUGCUAUGGGUGAUUGGAGCAGCUUGAUUCUAGGAUCAAAUCCAGUCAAGUGCUGAAAUGCCUUCAUUCGGCAGCUAAAUGAAAGAGACUAUUCCUUUUGGCCUAGGCCGAAACUCCCAGUUUCUCGGUAGAGAAAUGCUCAUGUGUCCUUGAAUCCAAAAGGACUUUGUUGAGAUAUCUCUUUUCCAACCACAGUAAAGCAGCCAAAACCGACCCUGAUACGCAUCUCUUUAACCUGCACUUGAUUCUUGACUCGUAGUCCGUCCCAGUUCGCCGUAGUCGUAAGAUCUUGACUGCACGUGUCCCAUUUUAAUAUAUAUACGGCAUCACAGUAACUAGCAAAAGAAACGACGACAAAAAAGCCUUAAUCCCCCCUCCGUGAGAGAACAAAAAAAUCUUGUUCGCUCGCGGAGAGGGGUUAAUUUUGUUUUUUAAAAAAAAUUUUAUAUAUAAGUUUUAAAGAAAAAAAAUUUCGAAACUCAAAAAAAUCCCACUUCUCGAAAAUUGGGAAGGCAAAUAUAAUUUGAUUUGUAAAAUUUAUGUUUUAAAACGCAAUUUAUUUAAAAAUUAAAAGAAUUAGCUCAAGAUUUCUGAUACUAGUUAUCACUUAUAUAUCAAUUUUUUUUCCAUAAAAAAUUUUUCUAUUAAAAAAAUUUUUUUUCUCACGGAGGGUGUUUUUUGGGCAAAAAAUAGGGAUUUUUCUAAUGGUUUUGUUUGCUCACGGAGGAGAGUUAGAAUCUUAUUUCGCAGGAGACUGGUUUGCUGCGUUUGGGCCUCCAAUAACAGACGCAAAGCUUUUGUUCAUUCUUCCCAUGAAAAGUGACUCUAGGAAACGUGAGCGCAGAAAAGACAUGAUAAAGUAUUUAGAAACCCUAUAUCCGACCGUCAUUGAUUUAACCUUUUUUGAAGAAGGCGACUUAGCAUUAGAAGGAUCUGGAAGUUUUGUUUUGGACACCAAAAAUCGACAAAUUUUUAUGGCUACUUCUCAUCGAUCAUCUGAGACAGUUCUAAAUGAAAUGGUGAGAUAUAUGAAUUAUGGUACCAAUAGCUCAGAAAAAUGGAAAUCAGUGAUUUUUAGAGCUUCUGACCAAAAAAGAUUCCCAAUUUACCAUACGAAUUUAAUCAUGUCGCUCACACCUGAACAUGCAGUUUUGAAUUUAGCCUCAAUCGACUCAUUAGAAGUAGAAAGAGUUAAAAAAGCGCUGAAGGGGUAUGAAAUUAUUGAUGUUGAGCAUUCUGGAAUGUAUAAUUAUGCAGCAUCGUUCCAAACACUUUACUCGCCAACUAAGCUCACAGAAGUAGUUUUUAUGUCAAAAAGCGCCAAAAAUCUUGUGAAUCUGCAAGGCAGAGAAAUAUGCUAUGUUGAUGUGUCGACGAUUGAAACGCUAGGAGGAGGAUCUAUACCAAGUCUGCUUGGAAAGCUAUAUUAA